AUGUCGGCCGAGAACACCCCUCAAUUCGUCUACAAAAUCGUGCCCGAGGCCGUCGAGGAGCCCUUCCCCGCUGAGCUGCCCCUCUCCGAGCUCGACAGAAAGGAUGGCUUUAUCCAUCUUAGCACAGCAGAGCUUGUGCUCGGUACGUGUGAUCGCUACUUUAGUCACAUGACCAAAAUCUACCUCUUGAAGUUGGAGUUUGCCAAGACCGUGUCGAGGACAAAGUGGGAGAAUGGGUUUCCGCAUCUAUAUGGGAACUUUGGCAGGGAGGAGAUUGUGGACAGCAAGUCUUUCGAGCGAUCCGCGUCAGAGACGUGGAGUGAGAGCUUGAAGCGCUCAGAGUGGUUGGUUUGA